GGGAAGCGGUUCCGGGGCGCUGCGGCAGCGGCGGCGGAGCGGCACCGGCUGCGGGAGCGGCCGGGGAGCGGGGCGGAGCGGGAUCGCGGUUUGCGGCGGGCGGCCCGGGAGCCCCGGGACAGCGGGUCCUGCCGGCGGCGGGGGUGGGCUGCGCCCGGCGAGACGCUCCGGCGGUGCCCGCGGGUCCCGCCAUGGCGGCGGACUCGGAGGUGCUGCACUUCCAGUUCGAGCAGCAGGGCGAUGCCGUGCUGCAAAAAAUGAACCUCCUGCGGCAGCAGAACCUCUUCUGCGACGUGUCCAUCUACAUCAACGACACCGAGUUCCAGGGACACAAGGUGAUCUUCGCCGCCUGCUCCACCUUCAUGCGGGAUCAGUUCCUGCUCAACCAGUCCAGGCAGGUGCGGAUCACCAUCCUGCAGAGCGCCGAGGUGGGCAGGAAGCUGCUGCUGUCCUGCUACACGGGCGCGCUGGAAGUCAAGAAGAAGGAGCUGCUGAAGUACCUGACGGCCGCGAGUUACCUGCAGAUGGUUCACAUCGUGGAGAAGUGCACCGAGGCUUUGUCCAAGUACUUGGAGAUCGACGCUUCCAUGGAGAGCGGUACCCAGGCUGCUGAGGGGUGCCACUCCUCGGAUGCUGAACUAAGGAGCGGGGAUGAGGUUUUAGAAAAAGAUUGUGAAAUAAUCGAGAUCUCUGAAGACAGCCCAGAGAACGAAGAAUACCCCGUGAAACAGGAGGAUGGGGAUGGCCCACACCCUGCAGCAGAGAGCUUGAUGUCAGAAAGGAAUGAUACAAAAUCUCCAGAAAUAUCAACAGUGGAAAUUGGAUAUAAGGAUGAUGAAAUCUGUAUCUUCAGAAUGGAUUCCAUGAGUGUGGCAAAUGUAGAAAAUGAUCAUUUUCCUCAGCCUUGCACUUCCUCUAAAACAAAUUUAUAUUUCCCAGAAACUCAGCACUCCUUGAUAAACUCUACAGUUGAAAGCAGGAAUACAGAAAUGUCAGGAAAUCACUUUCAGGCUUUUGUCGGUGACAAUCCAGAAGGAACUUCUAGUGGGGUGAAUGGGUUCCAGAGCAUGGAGGAUUCUGGCAGCUCAUGGCGACACCAGUGUCCAAAGUGUCCGAGGGGCUUUCUGCACCUCGAGAACUAUCUCAGACAUCUGAAAAUGCACAAACUCUUCCUGUGUUUGCAAUGUGGCAAAACAUUUACACAAAAAAAGAAUCUCAACAGGCACAUCCGGGGGCACAUGGGGAUCCGGCCCUUCCAGUGCAUGGUGUGCUUGAAGACCUUCACAGCCAAGAGCACGCUCCAGGAUCACCUCAACAUCCACAGCGGGGACAGGCCCUACAAGUGCCACUGCUGCGACAUGGACUUUAAACACAAGUCUGCUCUUAAAAAGCAUUUGACUUCUGUUCAUGGGAGGAGCAGCAGCGAAAAGCCAAACCUGAACACCAUUACGAAAGUUAAAAUAGACUAUGAUUGAUAGCUGGGGAAUUGUGGAGUCAGACUCCACAAAAAGCUCCUGGCUAGUGAAAUUCUAGAUGCAAUUCCAGUUCCAGAUCCCCAUCUAAGGGAGAGAAGCACAAACAGGUGGCUGGUGAUCCAAGACCAAGGCCUUGGAGCAGGAAACCUGCCUGCUCUGUUAAGGUUGCUAUUGCUGUCAGUGAAAAAAGCUGUUUCCUAGCUGAAAGUAAACUGCAAAAUACGGGAAUUUAUUUCAUGCUUAUCUUCUAUUAUACUGAGCAUAUCCUGGUCCCCCAAUGAUGUUUUAUAUUCCUUGUUUCAAGGGCAGGCACUGCUGACUUUCAGACUAUUACUGAUAACUGCAAUAAGCUGAAGCCUGAGCCAUGGUGUUGGUGACAACGGCUGAGGGAAGGGAGUGUUUGUAUUUAUUCAGCAAGUCAGUUGUUCCCAUCCAGUUCCUGGAUCAUUCAUGGUGAAAUCAUCUCCUUCCUUGCCCAAAAUUUGCUAGAUCUUCCAACAGAAAGAAGGUGUGUUUUCAUACUCAAGUCUGUGACAUAUAAGGACACACAACAAACAAAAACUAAUCAAGGAACCUUUCAAGUUGUCUCUUGCAAAUAGAGAAUUCAUAAAAGAGAAAGAAACAAACAGUAUUGCCUUGCAGUUUAUUUGUAACUGGAUAGUCCUAUGAAAAGGACUUGCUUUUAGUUUUAUCAAGUUCUGAAUUUUUAUAAACUUCUUUCUUCUAAUGGUGGGGUUUUUUUCUGUCAUACCAAUGUUUUGCACCUGUAUUUGGUAAGUUUAGUCCUGUUUGUUGCAUCAUAACAUUUGCCUUCAUUUUUUUACUGAUCUUAGCUAUAUGUACUUGUGUGAAAUUCAGCUGUGUGCUGUUGGGUAAUCACAGUUUCAAUGCUAAUUUUGAAAAGCAGGCAUUUCUGUCUGACUAGCAAUGGCUUAGACAUAGAGGUCUCAUACCCUGAUUCUGUGACUCAGUAACACAGUAAUGAUGUGUGUUUGCAGGACUGUGUUUGUGCUUUGUCAAAGGUCAUUUUAGUUUCAUCAUGAGCAUCGAGCACCCUGUGAUGCAGUCUAUCUUUGGCUGGUACAUGUUUCUUCCACUUAACAUGAUAUGAAUAAAGAAUGAUUUCAGUUGUUUAUAUGAGAUAAUGGUACUUACAACUAGCAAAAAGCAGUAGUUCUUACUCCUGUCUGUAUCACUCUUUCCUUCAAGUUUCAAAAGUGCUGUUCCAAGUUCUUGCUCUGAGUCCAGAAGUCUGGCCCAAAUGCUUCAGAAUCUGGCUGGCUCUAAAAUCUAAGACAAUAGUUUUUAUGUCAGUUUGCUUUCCUUCCCUGUGUCUAUAAGUGCACCAGCCCAUUUGGGGUUUUAUUGAUCAGCUACGUGAGGGGUUGGCUGUGUACAAUGUCUACCAUGCGCUUUCCUGUUACUACUUGUUACAGGCACGGUCAGGUGUAUGUGUGGGUAUUUCCCUCAUGAGCACUUCCCUGUGUGCCAGAGGGGAAACAGACUGAUCUGUUGAUCUGUAUCUUCUGUGGGAGCAGAUUCCGAGUUAUUUUGGUCGUGCAUGUAAACAUGAGAGGGAGUUGUGUUGUGUGACAGGCCACCAGCAUGUUCUGUCCAGUGGCUGCAAUGUCUCAGUAAGCUUUGUGAACAAACCCUGGUCUUGUGCACAUGUUCACAUUAGAGGUUUUUCCUUUCCCCUGUCCAUACAUGUAACCAUGUCCUGUCAUAACAAAAUAAAUGAAAUGCAAACAAGGCGUUGCGUCAGAAAUACAUCUACUUUUUUCUGAUCACAGUUAAAAAUUCUGUGCAUACCUUAACAGUUAGUAUUUUGGCUUGCUGUGUUGAGUAAACAAGAUGUUGUAAACAAAACACGGUGUUUCAGUGGCGGUCAUUUAGUAACGCGUUUUUCUGUCCUUCAGAGGGGUCUGUCUGACCCUCUUGUGCCAUGAAUUCUUCCCCCUCAGGAGUCUCUGCACCGCCGUGACCUUGGCUAAGGCUGUGUUAUCACUGCGUGACCCGAGAAGCGCUUGUAGCUCCCGGCUGUUGCUCCGGGG